CGCCACCGCUGCCGCCUCGGCCAGGCCCAGCUGUUUUGCCGCCGAGUCCGAGUCCUCCAUACGGACUCCACCGAGUCCGCCCGAAGGCGCUGUCCGGGACCGCCCGAAGCGCCAGGCACCGAGCCCGAAGCGGGGCCCGAAGAGGCCGCCCGAGUUGGGCCGAGGCCGCCCGAAGCCACCGCCCGAGCAGCGACCGAAGAGGCAGUCUGACGCCCGCCGAACCGAGCCGAAGCUGGCCGCAGAGCCGAGCUAAUGUCCCGAGUGUAGAACCGAGGCUCUCCGAAGUUUCCCGAAGUGCAGAAUCGAGUUAGUACGAAUGGUCCCGAAGCUUCACGAAACCUUACGAGCGUUUCUUCCUCGCUGUCUAGGAAGCUGAUCUGACUGUAGUCUCUAACCGAUGGAGCUGGCUGGCUCUGGGUAGUUUCUCGCCGGCUUCCAACGAAAUUUAGGUUCGCGGACAGACCCUGGAGCCACUAGAUUUUUUCAACCCCCUCUGGCGGCGGCAGAAGCCGAACCCAUACGAGGCCUAGCCGAACUCCGCCGAAUGCCUCCGAGCAGAGUUCUCCGGAGCCUCAGUGCCCGCCUCCUUCUAUCCGAAAGCUCCCGAGUGUUGCCGGACGGGAGAAUCGGGCCUCGGCCGCGGUCGGACGCUCGCUGCAGCGCGCGGCGGGAGGAGCGAAGAUGGCGGGAGGGUGCGGCCAAGAGGCUGCUGGGAUUGUGGCGGACCCAGCGGCAAAAUGGCGGCCGUGCGGCCAGGGAGAGGCUCCUUCAAGGUGCUCUCGUCAGUUCCUCUUCAGAUGCUGUUCCACCUCAGUGGGCUGUACUAUGCUCUGUACUUCCUAGCCACACUCCUGAUGAUUGUGUACAAAAGUCAGGUUUUCAGCUAUCCUUCUAACUGUCUGGUCCUGGAUCUGGUUCUCUUGCUUCUGAUGGGAAUUUUCGAAGUAGCUCAGCUAUACCUAGGCACACAAGGCAACCUGACGGAGGCUGAAGUGCCACUGGCAGCCAGCCUGGCAUUCACAGCAGUCAGUGGCCUCCUUUCUGUUCACUUCCUACUCUGGCAGACCUUGGUCCUGUGGAUGGACUCAGUCCUCAGCACGGUUCUCCUGGUGCUGCAUGGGCUGGAGGCUGGCCUGCAAGUGGUGGUCAUUGCUGACUUCAUCAGGUAGACAGACUGGGACAACCUGCACAGCAGGGCUCCUCAGCCUCCAGCCUGUUCCUUUGCCCAGAAAGGAGGGGAUCUUUUUUAUUGCUUAUCUUAGAUGGUUUAUACAUCUUUUUUAGUGAGGGGGGUACAAGACCUCACUAGAGAAGGACAAACUUAGAAGCUUGAAGAUGGCCAUCAUGGACAAUAGUCUAGUGAAUCCCAGAGAUGUGUACCCAUGUCCUGUGCUGGGGUGCUGACUAUAGCAGGACCACCAGUGACCCCCAGGCUAGUGAAAGGCAAAGCCUCUCAGGAAGUCAUCGGCCGGGACAGCCCUGCAGCUCCACCUUGUCUCGGCCCCAGAAACACAGAAUCCUGGAGGAGAACUUGGCCGUGCUGGUCUGCCACCAUGUGUUUUCUCACACACGGAUUACUGAGUUCUGUGCUUCCCGCACUGGCCCCGGGUCUUCUUCUGAGAGCCUGUUGUACUUAGUUGCCAGACUUUGGUCCAGAGCUGGGAUCCCCCUGGAGCUGCAGGAUGGCAGGCCUUGUGUUCCAGUGUCCCUCCAAUUUGCCUCCCCAUCAGGCCAGCCCUGAAUGAAACGGCUUGGUUUCCAAAAGGAAACAAAAGCAAAUGUAUCCCAGGUCUGGUGGCACACAAACCUUUAAUCCCAGCACCCAAGAGGCAAAGAUGGGUAUAUGUUUGUAAGUUCAAAGCCAGCCUGUCUGGUCUACAUAGUAAUUUGAGGGUCACCCAGGGUUACAUGGUGAGACUGUGUCUUUAAAAAAAAAUAUGCAGGCCAGAGAGCUGGGUAUUAUGGCCAUCUCAGCCAUGUUCAGGGCUGGAGGUAGGGCUGGGGAAGUUCCAGGGAGCAGAAGACAGAAUAAAAGAACAACUUUUAGUCAGGUUGUCUGGGAGUCACAGUUCACCAAACUGCAGCCUUUGUAGAGUGCCAAGUGAGUUUCAUCUCCUCUCCUCCUAGCCUGUUUUUUCUCAAAAAGCAUUUAAGCAGUAUUUUUUUUUACAGUUUCUGUCAUUCUGUUAGGUGUUUUCUGUUUACAAUGCUAUGCUCAAUUAUCUAGUUUCUCUUUUAAAAAAAUAAAUAAGUAGUUAUGCCGUCA